AUGUCAGCCUCCACGUUCAAGAACAAAGUCAGCAUCACACAUAUAGGAACGGCUACUGCCAUCCUCGAUAUUGAUGGCAUCAUCUUCCUUACCGACCCUUUCUUCUCCCCUGCCGGUACCGAGUGGAACGACGUCGCAGCCCUCAAAGUCCACGAUGACCCGGCUCUGAAGCUGGAAGAACUACCGCACAUCGACGCCGUUCUCCUGAGUCACGAGAACCACCCCGAUAACCUCGAUGAGUUCGGACGCCGACUCCUCGACGGCCGUCACGUAGUAACAACCAACGAUGGCGCAAAGAACCUCGCCCCCCGGCCCAGUGUUCUUGGUUUCAGCGACUGGCAAGAGAGAGAUGUUCGCAUCGCAGGAAAAAUGUUCCACAUCACUGCCACGCCCUGCAAGCACUGGCCUGGACACGAAUGCGUCGGAUUCGUUGUACACACUGAGGACUUUGGAGUGGCAGCUGACGGUCGCCCGAACGCCAUCUACUUCUCUGGUGACACCGUAUACAUCGAGGAGCUGGCGAAGAUCGCAGACAGAUACCACAUCGCCGUCGCGCUCAUGAAUUGCGGUAAAGCAACCUUUUACGAGUUCACCGAUGAGGGAAAGCCGGGUCAGCCAGGUGAUAUUUUACAAAUCACCAUGGAUGGCCGACAGGCUGCUCGUCUCCUGAAGGACCUUAAGGCAGAUGUGCUUGUUCCUAUGCACUACGAGUCGUGGGAUCAUUUCAAACAAGGUGGAAAUGAACUCGCGCAGGAAUUUAAAGAGGAGGGCGUCCUGGAGAAGGUCCGUUGGCUGAACCCUGGCAAGGCUGUGGAGAUCAAUUGA